AUGGUUGCUGCUGCAACAGCCGCUCCGAUCGCUCGCUCAGGCGCAGGCUCUGGUGAAUGGGCCAACGGCGCUACCAAGGACACCGCUGCCACUUCUGGCGAAACCGAUAGCUCAAAGGGUGAUCUUUUGAAGCGUGGCUACCAAAGCCGUGCAGCUGACGGAGUAAGACGUUCAGGUGGUGGUUCUGGCGAAUGGAACUACGGUACUACUAAAGACAGCGCCGCCUCAGCAGGUGAAAACGACCACAGCGAGGGUGACUUGCUCAAGCGUGCUGGCAAAGGCGCUGGGUCUGGUGAGUGGGCCAAUGGUGCCACUAAGGACACUGCAGCAACCAGCGGCUCUUGGGACUCCUCAGACGGUGACUUAUUGAAGAGACAAGCACACGGUAUGGGAGGCAAGGGCAAGAUGGGUGGCAAGGGCACUUCAGGUGACUGGGCCACUGGCGCAACCAAGGACACCUCAGCUGGAAGUGGCUCCUGGGACUCCUCCGAGGGUGAUUUACUCAAGAGAGGUCAAUUUUACCAGGGUGGUAAGAGAGGCUUGACGGCACGCGAAGGCGGCAAGGGCACUUCAGGUGACUGGGCCACUGGUGCAACCAAGGACACCUCAGCUGGUAGUGGCUCAUGGGAAUCUUCAGGCGGUGAUUUGCUCAAGAGACAAGGUAUGAUGGGUGGUCCAAAGGGAGGCAAGGGCAAGAUGGGUGGCAAGGGCACUUCAGGUGACUGGGCCACUGGCGCAACCAAGGAUACAUCAGCUGGUAGUGGUUCCUGGGACUCUUCCAAGGGUGACUUGCUCUAG